UAUUCUUGCUCACUGUACGCGUCACUUGCUCUUCCAGCAAACUGAUAAUGCUGUGAGAACUAACUGAUCCAGCCCUAAAGCUUCAGUGGAUUACAGCAGUAAAUUUGUGAAUCCAGCGGGAGGAAAAUGCUGUCGUGUUUGAAAACAUGCCGCUGAUUGGGAGCAUUAAAUAGCAAAUGAAGUCAAAGAAAUUCCAGUUCAACACAACAGUUCAGAGGAGGAGAAAAGAAGAUCUACAAAUAUUUUCUGAGCCGUCUCCAAAGGUGUUUCAGAGAAUUUGGCAGUACAUCUAACUGGCCUCACAACCGCAGACCAUGUGUAACCACACCAGCCCAGGAAUUGCACAUCCAGCAUCUUCACCUCCAAGAUCGUCUGAGACCAGCCACCCAGACAGUUGCUGCAACAAUCGGUUUGCAUAACCAAAUAAUUUCUGCACAAACUGUCAGAAACCAUCUCAGGGAAGCUCAUCUGCAUGCUCGUCGUCCUCAUCGGGGUCUCGACUUGACUGCAGUUCGUCGUCGUAACCGACUUGAGUGGGCAAAUGCUCACAUUCAAUGACGUCUGGCACUUUGGAGAGGUGUUCUCUUCACGGAUGAAUCCCGGUUUUCACUGUACAGGGCAGAUGGCAGACAGCGUGUAUGGCGUUGUGUGGGUGAGCUGAUGUCAACGUUGUGGAUUGAGUGGCCCAUGGUGGCGGUGGGGUUAUGGUAUGGGCAGGCGUAUGUUAUGGACAACAAACACAGGUGCAUUUUAUUGAUGGCAUUUUGAAUGCACAGAGAUACCGUGACGAGAUCCUGAGGCCCAUUGUUGUGCCAUUCAUCCAUGACCAUCACCUCAUGUUGCAGCAUGAUGAUGCACGGCCCCAUGUUGCAAGGAUAUGUACACAAUUCCUGGAAGCUGAAAACAUCCCAGUUCUUGCAUGGCCAGCAUACUCACCCGACAUUGAGCAUGUUUGGGAUGCUCUGGAUAGGCGUAUACGACAAUGUGUUCCAGUUCCUGCCAAUACCCAGCAACUUCGCACAGCCAUUGAAGAGGAGUGGACCAACAUUCCACAGGCCACAAUCAACAACCUGAUCAACUCUAUGUGAAGGAGAUGUGUUGCACUGCACUGCACUGCCCGCCCCGCGCCAGUGGACACCUACUGUCAGUUCAACCGGAAGUGCGGAGCGCGAUUAUCUCUUCCUCUUUAAUACUAGUUACAGAAUAAACAUGAAAGAACAUCUAAAGCUCGGUGAAGGGCGAUGGCAUCUGUUAAAGAGCUGCUCAAGAAAUCAAUGUAUGAACUGGAAGGAGAUUAUCUAAAGGAGUUUCAGUGGCAUUUGGAGAAUGGUCAUGAGAGUAUAUCAAAGUCUGACAUGGAGAAUGCAGAUAGGUUAAAAACUGUGGAUAAGAUGGUGGAGUGUUUCGGACCAGAAGAAGCUGUGAAGAUCACUGUGGAGAUCCUGAGGAAGAUAAAUCAGAAUAAUCUGGCUGAGCAUCUAGAGAACAAACACAAGCAAGGCUCAACUGCAGACAACAGACAAGCUACUCUUUACACAGAGACCAGCCACAGACUGAAGAACAAAUUAAAACGGGACUACAAGUGGAUAUUCAUUGGUAAUUCACAGACGGGUCAUAAGAAAAACUUGAACGAUAUUUACACUGAUUUAUAUGUGGUGGAGAAUGAGACUGGAGGAAGAGAAAAUAACCACGAGGUGAUACAGAUCGAUUUUAAUCAAAAACAAUGUGAUGCCAAGGACACACCAAUCCAGUGCAAUAAUAUUUUUAAAGUCCAUGAGCAUCAACAAAACAAAAAGGUACUGACGAUGGGGAUCGCAGGCGUAGGAAAAACUGUCUCUGUCAAUAAAUUCAUCCUUGACUGGGUUGAAGGAAAAGAAAAUCAGGAUAUAGCCUUCAUUUUCCCUCUGCCGUUCCGUCAGCUAAACCUGAUUACAGAGAACUGCAGUCUCAUGGGACUGCUUAACAAAUACUUCUUUAAUGAUCCUAAAGAACUGCCCUCUCUUCCUGAAGGUGAUGGUAAGGUCUUGUUCAUUUUUGAUGGGCUGGAUGAAUGUCGCUUCCCUUUGAGCUUUAAAGAUGGUGACAGAAUUACAGAUGUUCACAAAAUAACAACAGUGAGUAAGAUAAUAACAAACCUUAUCAAGACAGACCUUCUUCCCUCUGCUCUCAUCUGGAUCACAUCCAGACCAGCAGCAGCCAGUCUGAUACCUCGAAAAUUGGUUGUAAAAUGUAGGCUAUUGGCUGUAUGAAUUGAAAUCAAAUGAAAUCGAUACCUGGAAUUCUUCACAGAUAGCAUACGCAGUUCAACCAAUAAAGAUCUUCAUUGCUGGCAAACAAUAGGAUGCUUUUGCAGAUUUGCUUUCAAUUGACUGUAGGUCCACUGCCAGUUCAUCCAAUGCUCCAAGUGAGAAACCGCCACAAACAAUUCAGAGUGUGCAGGGAACUGAACAAAUCAUUCAAACUGAUUCACGAACAAAUUUAGACAGUUUUGCCAACUUUUUUGAUUAAGUCUUGGAACAGAAUCGACUCAAAAGAGUAAUUCAUUUGUGAAUGGGGCAUUGUUCAUGAAAAAAGAGAGUGCGCUUGGAAACUACACAUUUCUUAACAUGUACAGUAUUGCAUUAAAAUAAUGUAACGAGGAACAUCACCCAGCUUAGCUAAGUAAAAGUACAGCUUUUUCAUUAGAAAUGUACUUAAGUUAAAGUACCCACAUUUAAAUCUACUCUUAGAAGUACAAAUUUUCCCCCCAAAAAAUACUCAAGUAAAUGUAACGAAGUAAAUAUACUUUGUUACUACCCACCUCUGCCUAUAAACUGCAAGGUGACCAGAAAGGGGAAACACAUCAAGCGCAAAGCUUCCUUGAUUGGCAGUCAGAAACUGCCAGAUCAGAUUACCAGCUGUUACAACAGCUCCUGAUCAGAAAGUUUUCUGACCCAGAGUCAGAACAAGGACUGAUCACCACCGUGGAACUCAGACAAGGCCGACAGGAAACACCACAGGCCUACUACAUCAGACUUCGACGGACCUACUUCGGAGCACAGAACGAGCCAGGAAUGGAGGUGGAUUUCAACUUCAGAACUCUGUUCCUCUGGAAUCUGCACCCUGCAGUAAGCCACCACUUAGGGGUCCUGGUCUGCCCGUGCAGUAUUUCUACUCAACCUCUGCGGGUCUUAGUCCAUAAGGCCUAUGUCAAGCAAAAAGUUGCUUCGGAAAAGAUGGUAAAACACCCAACCAUCUACCCUGUCUCUGACCAUCAUUCAGAGCUGACUAUAGAGGGUGCACAACAUGCUCCAAGUCCGAACUCUCACCAGGGCAGGACAAUGCGGUUACGUCAGCAGAGAUCUUGGGGAUUCUAAAGGAAUUCCUCCAGGAUACUCAGCCAGGGAGACGAGGGGGACAGCUCAGAUCUCCUAUGAUUAGGCAUGAGACUUGAAGACCUCAACCAGAUCUCUGCUAACCAGCCUUGACCACAGAAACAGCCAUUAUAUCACCAAGCGUCACCAUCACCCAACCACUUCAGCUGACGGCCGCACAUCCAGAGCAAGCCAACACACUUCAUCACACCAUCGAUGACAGAAGGAGCUCAGACAACACAGUGUGCAUGGCAUCCUUCAAAAAUCAUCUCCGUAUCUUCUGUCCUGCUAAAUAAAAAAAUAUAGAAUAAAUUUUUUUUUAAUUUUUUAUUAAAAAUAAAAAUACAGUAAUUAAGGAUAAAUAUAAUAUAGUAAUUAAAAUAUUAAUAAUAAUUUUACUUUACAGUUAAUUUUAUUUUAUGGGGAAAAUGCAGACAGCCUAUAACUGUAAAUAAUUAGAAAGGAACACUUCAGUAGAGAAAAAAAAUAUAUGGAUUAUCAUGUUUACUUCAAUUUUUAAAAAAAAAUAUUUUCACCUAAAACAGGGUGGUGUGAGCAUUAUUGAGCACUAUAAACACAUGUAAUAUAUGUUUCAUUCAUACUGGAAGCCAGAGGGCACUCUCGCGCAGAAAGUGCAAAUAUGCCUCACAGAAGUAAUAUGACUUAGCCUAUUACAUACCAGGAAAUCCAUAAUACAGCUAUUGCUGUAGCUGAAUAAAAAGAAGAUAAAAAAGCUACGACAUUAAAUCUGAAGCAUUUAUUACAGUAUAGAAUACUUCACCAAUUGGGUGCUGCAGCAAAAAUGGCCGCCCACUGUUCUGGGUGUGUGUUCACGGUAUGUGUGUGUGUGGUACUUGAAUGAGUGAAAUGCAGAGCACAAUUCUGAGUAUGGGUCACCAAUGGUGAAAAGUGAAAGUGAUGUGACGUAGCCAAGUAUGGUGACUCACCAUACUUGGCUACACAUCACGUCACAUCACUUUCACUUUUUUUUUCACUUUUUAUAUAUAUGGUGAAGAACUUACCCUUCACAAUCCUGGAUCAAGUCACUCAAUCAGAAACCACAGUCACGCUCUUCUUUGAGGUAAAUUCUUCCUUGAUUAUUCCUUACCACAUCUUAAAAUGGUUAAGUACAAGAAUCAGAUGAAACUUGAUGCAUUUUACCUAGUUGAUGUGGGCGUUGGCUCUGUUUGCAUGGAUCGCCUCAGAUCAUUACUGUAUGAAUGGCGCGUGCUGUCCAUAGGCGUGUUUGCAUUAGCAGUAAUGAGCUCACACAUGAAUGACUGUACAUCUCUCUUUUUUCAUACACAUCACAUAACAGAGAAUAUUUGUUUUGGCUUUGAAUUAGAUCAUUUAAAAGUAGGCCCUUAAUAUAACUGUAUAAAUAAAUUUCUAUUUAUAUAUUGUCA